UGCAUGUGGGGAGCUGCGCAACGUCCAUGAAAAUCUGUGACAUUAACCCUCCGGCCGCUACAAAACACCUACGCCCGUAGCGCAGUCAUACAUUCACCAAAUCUCUCUCUCUUAUUCAUUCGUCUCUUUAAGCCACCCAAAUGUAGCUAAGCUUGCAAUUCCAUUCCUAGCUACUCACUUCUCUUAUCGUUGGUUCUACUACAAUCAUUCGGCGUAGGAAAGUGGGUCACACUUGAUGGCAAAGAAAGGAGGUAAAUCGUGGUUGGCGCUUGUUAAGAGAGCCUUCAGGUCUCCGACCAAGGACGCCGAGAAGAAGAGUGCCAGAAGGAGAGAAGAAACCGAGCAAGAAGAAGAGGACGAGAAAAGGGAGAAGCGAAGAUGGUUGUUCAGGAAAUCUACGAAUAGUAAUAGUCUUCGGCAAUGUGAAGCAGAAGUUGGAAUGGAUAUAGACUUGGUGGCGGAGCAAAGACAUGCAAUCGCGGUGGCGGCGGAGGCCGCCGCUGCGACGGCACAGGCUGCUGUUGACGAGAUCAUCCGCCUUACUAGACCUUCCACCUGGGCUAGGGAGCAUUGCGCUGCAAUAGUUAUUCAGACUGGAUUCAGAGGCUACUUAGCAAGGAGAGCUCUAAGGGCGCUCAAGGGAAUUGUGAAGCUUCAAGCUUUGGUGAGAGGACACAAUGUUAGGAAGCAAGCCAAGAUGACAGUACAAUGUAUGCAGGCCUUGCUUCGGGUGCAGUCUCGCCUGUGCAACCAGCGCGCAAUGUUAUCGCCACGACAACACCAACACGGUCGAAAGUCCAUGUUUGCUAAGACCUUCAACUUAUGGGAACCCAGAUACUUGCAAGACAUUCGAGACCGAAAGUCAAUUCAAUCAAGAGCAGGAAGUUGCAUUGAAGAGGAUUGGAACGAUUGCCCCCGCACGCUCGAAGAACUCGAUGCUAUCUUGCAAGCAAGAAAGGAGGCGUCCAUGAAGCGUGAAAGGACCCUUACACAAGUAUUCAAUCAACAGGAACAAGGCGAAAGAACAUAUUGGCCUGAACCCAAAUGGGAAAGAUAUUCUUCUGCUGAUGGAAGAGAAACUGUAAAGAUUCUAGAAGUGGACUGUUAUUCCAGUCCUAGUAUGGCCAGAUCACAGUCGAUUGCAACUCCACACCACAGAGCCUCCCAUCCGCAUCCGCCAGCAACGCCAUCUCCGCCGUCCAAAAUGAAACCACUGCAAGUACGUUCCGCAAGCCCCCGCUGCGCCAGAAGCCACUCGUCGGCGAACACUCCAAACUUCGCGUCUGCACUGCCCAACUACAUGGCGGCUACUGAGUCGGCGAAAGCUCGGGUUCGGUCACAAAGCUUGACAAGACAGAGGCCGGUGACGCCGGAGAAGGAGCGAUGUGGGUCGGCGAAAAAACGACUCUCAUACCCAGUCAUUGAGCGAAACAGCAGCCCUUCCCAAACUGAUGGUCGGAGUAGUUUCAGCCAGAACUUGAGAAUUCCAAGUUUCAAAAGCAUUCAAGCUGGAUUGUUGGGGAUGGAACAGCGAUCGCAUUCGUCGUCACGUUAUGCAGAUAGCAUCGGUGGGGAAAUUUCGCCAUGUUCUACAACAGAUUUGAGAAGGUGGUUGAAAUGAUCUUCAAGACUACUACGGUAACGGUCGAUUUGUUGAAUUUGAUACCCUUUGGUAUUAACUAGGAAGAGCAAAGAUGAUGGCGAUAAGACGAUGUGGUCCAUGAUUUUCUUGUCCUAUUUAUUCUUUCAAUUCCAUAACUUUGCCUAUCUUAUAAUAAAUAUUAGUUCUUUGUGUAAUUGAUUUUCUAUUAAUUGUUUUGUGUUAGCAAACCCCGGCCGCUUGUACCUUGGACAUCACAAUCAUGACCCUACUAAGAAAGGCAUAUGUCCACUUCACUAGGACGAGCAAAGAUCACAAUCAUUGUUCUUUGGCACACUAUUUAAAUGUCGUACUUUUGCACGUGAUAGUGUCUUCACCUGGCAAGUCCAAUGGAUCCAUCUACAACACAAGCCCCAAGUAUCACUUAGUCUGUGUCAUGUUUGUUACUAUCAAUAGUAGGUGAGAAAGUUUACCCCAUUUAUGCAAAAUCGUU